AUGCCUGGUCUCAGCUACUCGCCCACGCCUACAGAAUCAUCACUUGGGGAUCGAGAUAUCAACCAUGUGUCCGCUAAUGCCUGGUCUCAGCUACUCGCCCACGCCUACAGAAUCAUCACUUGGGGAUCACACUAUUCAGAUAUCAACCAUGUGUCUACCAAAAUCGCCUAUGCCUACAGAAUCAUCACCACUUGGGGAUCGCACUAUUCAGAUGUCAACCAUGACCAUCAUGGAUGGGAUAGCCCCACAAUCAAUUUUGGGAAGGACCAAGGUGGAUGGGAAAGGCCCGCAAUCAAUUUUGGGAAGGACCACGGAGGAUGGGAUAGCCCCGCAAUCAAUUUUGGGAAGGACCACGGAGGAUGGGAUAGCCCCGCAAUCAAUUUUGGGAAGGACCACGGUGGAUGGGAAAGGCCUGCAAUCAAUUGUGGGAAGGACCACGGAGGAUGGGAUAGGCCCGCAAUCACCUUUGGGAAAGACCAUGGAGGAUGGGAUAGCCCCGCAAUCAAUUUUGGGAAGGACCACAGAGGAUGGGAAAGGCCCGCAACCAAUUGUGGGACGGACCAUGGAGGAUGGGAUAGCCCCACAAUCAAUUAUGGGACAGACCACGGAGGAUGGGAUAGGCCCGCAAACCUUGGAUGGGAAAGGCGCGUAAUCAAUUAUUGGAAGAACCAUGGUGGAUGGGAUAUGCCCAUAAUCAAUUAA